AAAAGAAGACUAUUGAGGCUGAUAAGCUCAAAGCGAUCAUCCACCGUUGGUGCAAAUGUUGAAACUUACUCCUCUCGCGGAUUUUGAAUCUAGGUUAUCAACUAAGAAGAAAAACCUUGAGGAUUUUGAAUCUAGGUUAUCAACUAAGAAGAAAAUCAAGGAAGCUCUAAAGGACAAAGAUAUCAGGAUAAUUGGGAUAUGUGGCAUGCCUGGAGUUGGUAAGACAACAAUGGCAAUUGAAAUAGUCAAGGAAGUCGAAGUCGAGAAAUUAUUUGAGGAGGUUGCAUUUGCAGUUGUAUCUAACAAUCCAGACAUAGACAAAAUUCAAGAUCAACUCUCUGAAGCGCUUGGUCUGAAAUUUGAAGAAAAUACAAAUAAAGAUGCGAGAGCUAGACAACUUCAUGAAAGACUUCAAGGUAACAAUGACAAGAGCAUUCUUGUAGUAUUAGACGAUAUGUGGAAAGAAAAUGAUUUGGGAACUAUAGGAAUUCCAUUUCCAAAUGGUCAAAAAGGGUUGAAAAUUAUGUUUACAACACGAAUUGAAGAAACAUGUAGCAAAAUGGAAGCCCAAAGGAAAUUUGAAAUCGAAGUUUUGCCUGAAAAAGAAGGAUGGCAACUUUUCAAGGAUAUGGAAGAAAUUUCUGAUGAUGAAACUGCCGACGAAGUCCUAAGCAUAGCCAAAAAUAUUGCGGAUGAAUGUGGAGGUCUACCUCUUUCCCUAGUGGUUAUUGGCAAAGCACUGAAAAAACAAAAGUUCCCACAUAAGUGGAGAGAUGCACUUCAACAGCUACAAAAGUCUAGUGCUACCAAUCUUGAAGGAAUGGAGAAUAUCGUGUACCAAAGUAUAAGAUUGAGCUACGACUAUUUGGGAAGUGAAGACCAGGACUUGCUUUUGCUCUGUUCUCUAUUCGCCAAAGAUGAAAGUAUUCCAAUUGAAAAUUUGGUUAGAUACGCGAGGGGGCUAGAGUUGUUUGCAAAUACUGACACGCUCAACAAAACUAGAGAUCGAGCAUAUUCAAUUGCCGUUAAUCUAAAAAGUUGUUAUUUAUUGCAACCUGGAGAUGAGGAAGAUGAGGUGAAAUUGCACUGUGUUAUCAGAGAUUUUUGCCUACAGAUGGCAACUAGAGACAAAUGUGGAUAUCUGGUGAAACAUGAUGGUUUGAAAGAGUGGCCAGAACAUGAUAUUGAUGAAUCGUGCAGUGCCAUCUCAAUUACAUUUGAUAAGCUGGAUCAACUUCAGGAUGGGUUGAAAUAUGAGAAGGUUAAGUUGUUAAGGGUGAUAUGUCACAAUUUGGGAGAACGUAACAAUUCCGAAGAAUUUUUCAAAGAUAUGAAGGAACUUGGAGUUCUUGAAUUGAAAUCGAUGAACAUUCAAAUUCCAUCAUCAAUCCAAUUGUUGACAGGUCUUCGUACUUUGUGCUUGAUCGGCUGUAAAAUACAUUCUCAGUUGUCAAUGAUUGGGAGUCUAAAGAAGUUGGAAAUUCUCUCUUUCUAUCAUUCUUAUUUCUGUGACCAUUUUCCCAUUCAAUUAGCAAAUCUUAGCAACCUAAGGUCACUUGAUUUGAGGUUUCGGGAAUUAUCCUAUCCGCUUCUACCCGGUGUUUUGUCAGGUAUGAAGAAACUGGAAGAGCUGUACUUGGGACGUUAUAUUCCAAUAGAAGGUGAAGACAAAAGGAACAUAAUUGAAGAGUUAAGUUCAUUGACUUCUCUUUGUACUUUCCAAAUUUCGACACGUGAUACUCAGAUUUUGAUGCAAAUACUACAAGCAUUGUGCCUCAAGAAUCUGGAAAAUUUUCAAAUCAUCAGCACUAAAAGACCACUACACAGUACUAAAGAUUAUCGUGUCACAAGGAGCUUGUUUCUCGAAGACGAUAUUGAGGCAAAUAUGCUUUUGCAACCCUUAAUUAACUCGUUGAUGAAGAGAACUUACUAUCUUCAUAUUAAAGAAGCCAAGAUAUCCAAGAAUCUUGUGAGUGAGAUAGAUGGACAUGGUUUCAUUAACUUGAAGACAUUGAAACUAUCAUGUGGGUGAUUUCAAGUAUCUUAUUAAUGCUACCAACUCUAUUCCAAGUGACACCUUCGGUAAAUUGGAGUCUCUUGAAUUGAAAGGUUUACCCAAUUUGACCGAGAUAUGCAAUGGAGUCUUGAAACCUCCAUUGUUCUGUAACCUUGUGAGUGUUAAGGUGUAUGUUUGUGAUGCAAUUAGAAACUUGUUUCAGGAGUCAGUUGCAAAAUUCUUGGUAAAUCUCCGAAGUCUAGAUAUAACAGAAUGUCCAAUGUUAGAGGAAGUUGUUUCAACAGAAGCACAAGAAAACGAAGAUACCAAAACUUACAGAAGGCUCAAGUUUCCAAAAUUGAAAGAAGUCAAUUUUGAAAAUUUGAGAAGAUUUAAGAGCUUCACAUCUAGCGGCGUUGUUAGUCAAACAUUGUUCAACCAGGUCAACUUUCCUAACAUGGAGGAGUUAAAUGUUUUUCACUUGGAUUGUAUAGUGAAGCUACUAGGCAAGGAAAUGUCAAUAACAUCUCUGCAUAAACUGACAACCAUGAGUUUGUAUGACUGUGUUGAAUUGCUGACCAUUGCAGAAUCUGAUUCAAUUCAAUUACUGCAUAAUCUUGAAAAAAUUUAUGUGGUGAGAUGUAAUGCACUCAAAGUAUUGUUUGACUUUGAGGGUAUAAAGGUUACUAAUGAUGCAGAAAUUGAUAUGCUUGGUCGAUUAACAACAUUGUGGAUGUUCUCACUUCCAGAAUUGGUGAACAUUACAAAGAUGGUUCCAAAAGGAAUUCGUGUCUUCCAACAUUUGACAAAACUUAUUGUUCUAAAUUGUAAGAGCUUAAAAUACUUAUUUUCACCUUCAACAGCCAACUCUCUUGUGGCUCUGCAAGUUCUACAUGUUUCAGAUUGUAAAUCAAUUGAAGAAAUUGUUGGAAAAGAAGAAAAACAAGAAGGCACUUCAGAGAUUGAAAUAGUUGGAAGAAUGAAUUUGUUUCCUAUGUUGUGUGAUCUACUACUCGUGAAUCUUCCACGUAUUCAAAUGUAUUGCUCUCAGAAUUAUGACCUUUCGCUCCCUUCAACGACAAGCUUGACCGUUCGACAUUGCCCUAUGAUGAAAAAAUUUAGUCCACUCUACUAAAUGCAUCAAAGCUUGGUAAAUAUAAAAGAGAAUGUGUCAUACUGCUUGACAAUCCUGAUUUGUUGGAUGAGGCAGGAAAUUGACUGGAUCAGUUGUUUUGUUGAGACUAGAUGUGGCUCCAGAAUAACCCAGGUUUCGUUCUUAUCUCAGUUUCAAACUUUGUACAAAUUAAUAUUUGGUUUGUGUUUGGAUUCAUAAAUUAUGUUUUAGAGGUAUAGCUUUCUUUUCUUGAUGUACGACUAUGUUCUACCUGGAGGUGUAAAAUGAAUCUUUGAGAAAAUUGCAGCUGACCAAACCUAAUUUUUGUAAAAUGAAAAUUUUUAGUCCUCGAACCCAUGAUUCUGAAAAAUGGUUUUUAUCCAAAUAAUUAUCAAAAUUGCUCUACGGGAUAUAGGUGAAAAAAAAUAAUAGAAUAAAAAUGUAGGAAAAUUGAUGUGUUUUUCUCAGGUGAAAAUGGUUAAUAGAGUUUGGUCAAUGUGUUCUUGACAGAAGCGCUGGUCAAUUUUGCCUACAAAUGUGGAGAUCCAACAUAGAGGAUGUAAUGAGAAGAUAUUAGAAAGAAAAUGAUUGAAGGUCUACAAAAGGAUUCAAGAUACGGAGCUUGAGUAGAGCAUCACGCAUACAAAUAUAUGUAUGAUGCCCUCUGACAAAUUCAGCUCAUAGGAGGUUGGCUGGACUUUGUAAAGGCGUUGUCCUCUAAAUUGUCGAAGCUGCAUCUGCUGGUGUUGUAACAUUUGUUGCUUAUGAAUUCAAAUCUGAUUGCUUAGAGGCGAUUUUUAAUUGAAUUUCACCAUUUGUUUUACCUUUUCGUCACUAUUUAAUUGAAUUUCACCAUUUGAUCCGUCCAAGAACUCCAUAAUAUGUUCUUUUUUUAUUUUAUAUCA